GCCCAAAUUAACCCAAUCUCUUCAUCACUUUCUAUAUAGACCACUUACCACCACAUUUCCUACUAAGAUCCUCAACUCAUCAAGCUCCCUGCAAUGGCCGGAAUUCUCCCUAAACUCAUCGUUUUCAUGGCCAUCUUCAUCACUUUGUUAACCGUUAUCGUCGACGGCGAAUCUCACAGCUUCUCUAAGACUCUACCACUGAGGUCCAAGAAGCUUAAACGUGAGAAGAUGAGCCACCUUCACUUCUACUUCCACGAUAUUGUUAGUGGCCGUAACCCAACUGCCAUUAAGGUUGCUGAAGCAGAAUCCACAAAGACAUCACCAACAGAGUUCGGUAAGAUGGUGAUUAUCGACGAUCCAUUAACAGAGAAGCCAGAGGCUACGUCGAAGCUGGUCGGAAGAGCUCAAGGGAUCUAUGCAAUGGCAUCACAGAGUGAACUAGGUCUGUUAAUGACCCUUAAUUAUUGUUUCAUGGAAGGGAAGUACAACGGGAGCACACUAAGCAUACUUGGAAGAAACACAGUGAUGUCGGAGGUGAGAGAGAUGCCGGUGGUCGGAGGGAGUGGGCUUGUCCGGUUUUCCCGAGGCUAUGCUCAUGCCAAGACUCAGUGGUUUAAUCAUACAACUAAAGAUGGUGUGGUUGAGUAUAAUGUUUAUGUCAUCCAUUACUGAUCCAUGAAAGAGGGUGUAACCAUUUGCAUAAGGCUCCCACAUGGGAAUUUGGAUCCUCUACAUGUAUGUUCACCUAGAUAUGCAUGUGAGGAUCCAACACAUGUCUUACUUUUUAUCAUUAUAGGAUGAAAAUGGAUGUAUAUGAAAACAAAAGAGAUAGGUGUUGGAUCUUUAUAUGUAUGUCCAAAUGAACAUAUGUACAAAGAAUCCAUUCUCCCAUGAAGCAAUAGGAUCUGAGAAGGUCAUAAUAUUUGCAUCUUUACCCCACUUCGUAAAAAGAUUGUUCUCUAAUUUUUCAUCCAUUCAAUUGUUGAAAAAUUCUGUGUCUUGGUUGUGA